AUGGGCGGUCUAAAUCUAGAGGUGUUCAAGUUUGGCAUGUAUGUCAUGUUUCCCAUCGGCAUCAUGUACUACUUCGGCACGAAUCUCGAUGAUCGCUUCUCGGUACCGAAUUUCUGGCCGAGACCCGAAGAGUGCAAUAAGCUUCCGCGCGACAGGGACGAAGUCAAGGCCGAGUAUGAACGCAUUGUUGCGCGACAGAGGUUUCGACAGGCCCAGCUUCAGGAAGAGCAGCGUCAACGGGCUUUGUUACAGGGAAACCGGAAUAACGGAAGCGACUCUUGA